CUUCAGGCCCUUAGUGACUCCCCUUUCUUGAGGGCGCAGACGGCUUAGAGCCAGGCGGUCAGUGGAAGCGUCUUACCCAAGCCCAGCACUCCCAGGGCAGCCCUCCCUCCCAGCAGAGCACCAAGCCCACGCCCGCCUUUGUCUCUCAACCCCAUCUCUCAUUCCUGCCCUCCAGAGCAACUCCAGGGGUCCCUCUGCUAGGCAGCAUGGCCUCGUGGGCCUGGCUGGCAGCCUGUGUGCUGGCCCUGUGCCUGGGCUCCACCUUGCCACAGGAUGUGUGCAGAGCUCCUGAUGGGAAGCCGGGGCAGCCUGGAGCCCCAGGUCUGAAUGGGCGCCCAGGACCUAAGGGGGAUCAUGGUGAGCAAGGGAUGCCAGGAGCAAAGACAGGAAUUCGGGGUCUCAAGGGGGAUGAGGGUGAACCUGGUCCCCCUGGAAAGCCAGGGAAUAGAGGCUUUGGAGGUCCGGCUGGCCCCCAAGGACCCCCAGGACUGCCUGGAAAAAGCGGUCCCAAGGGAGAGAUGGGAAGAGUUCAAAACCAGCUCCAGCCAGCCUUCUCAGCAGUCCGGAAGAACCCACGACAGGAUGGCAACGUGGUCAUAUUUGACCACAUCAUCACCAACCAGGAAGACCGCUAUCAAAGCAACACUGGCAAGUUUAUCUGUAAUUUCGCCGGCUACUACUACUUUACCUUCCACGUGGUGUCCACUGGGGACCUUUGUCUCUUCAUCACGACCUCCAAAGGAGGCCAGACCAGACGCUCCUUGGGCUUCUGCGACAGCAACAGUAAGGGACUUUAUCAGGUCAACUCUGGUGGCACAGUGCUGAAACUGGCAGAGAGUGACCAGGUGUGGAUUGAAACAGACCCUCACCGGGGCAACAAAAUCUACAAUGGUAAAGAUAUUGAUAGCGUCUUCAGCGGCUUCCUACUUUUCCCCUCCAACUGAAUUUGAGGCCGUAGGGUAGAGAAGCUUGGAAUGUCCAGCAAAGGCCAGUCUUUCAGCUUCUGUCCCUCUAAUCCUUGCCAUCCACACAGGACCAUAGCUCUGGGGCUGGAAGGGACCUCAGGGGUCAUCACGUCCAAUGCCUUGAUUUCACAGAUGAGGAUACAGGCUGUCAGAGAGUUACAGUGACAUAGCCAGGGUUACAAAGCAAAUGUCUGAAGCAGGAUGCUAACCCAGUGCUACCACGUGAUGCCUGCCUCUUGGGCAAGCCAUUUAAAAACAAUAACAUCUAUUUCUUUUAGUACCUUAGGAACUUUCCAAAGCAUCGUCUUCGCAAAACACCUUGGGACUGGGAGAGAAGGGUCAUUAUCCUCAUUUGUCAGGUGGGGAAACUGAGACUAGGAGCUGAAAGACAACUUGUCCGGAGCCACACGGUCCAUGUCAGAGGUAGUGCUUGCACUGUCCCGCGUGGCCUCCCCAUGUAACCACACUUCUCUUGCCCUCUCUGUAUAACGUAAGAAGGAUCCUUUGACUGCUCGAGGGUGGAGGGCAUGGACCAGGUGAUUGGUCUCUUGAGGCCCUUUCCAGCUCCAGCAUCCAGAAUGCUCUGUCUCCCUGUCCUUGAGCCCCCAAUCCCACAGUAGCUCCCUUCUGCCCCAACCCCGGGGCCAUCAACGCAGCAUUUACCAGAGCAAGAGGAUGAGUAUUCCAUCUUUGCCAAAGCCUGUGUGCCCCUCUGCUUGGCUCUCCCGCUUCUGAAGAAGACCCUCUCCAGGCUUUGGCAUCCCUGUGCUGACGGCUGUCCUCCCUCCUCUGUCUGGUCUCACUCAUGGCCUUGACUUUGCCUCUAUGCUCUGCAGCCCUGGGCCCAUCCGGUCACUCCUUCCAAGCCACCUCUGCCCAUCCCUACUCCCCCAGUGUUGAGGGGGACAGUGAUCCCUUUGCAUCCUCAGCACAGCCUAUAACCGCCUGUACCGAGGUCUUAAUGAAUAAACAAAGUGAUUCAGUUC